AUGACCCUCAAGUGUUGGAGCGCUCCUGCCUCGCAUCAUCGGAACGGACCGUCCCCUCUAGUCGUGGAGCCGAACGCGUCCGUGCUUCGGCCCAGUGCCGGUAGUAACAGUUCGGGUCCUAGCAAUAGCAGUAGCGGUCGAAGUCUCGAGCCUCGCAAUAUGGGGCGCGGACGGGCGACACCCAAGUCAAACCGGUGCCGCUCGCAGUCGAGCAAUUGGGACAAAGACGCGGUCGAGCACUCGGGCGAGAGCGGAGACGACGACGGCCUCCACCCCUUGGACGCGACAGCAGCGACGCUCCCGACGCCGUCGCAUCAGAUCCACGCGAUCCCGGCGCUCUGGGUCAGCAGUCGGCGGCGGCACCACCGUGGCCGGAGUCGACGACGGUCCACGAGUGAGACGUACGGCAACUUGAGUCGGGCCUCGAGCGGCUUCCGCUCGCACCACAUCUACCACGCGCCGCCGAUCGGGUCGUCGUCGUCGUCGUCGUCUCUACUCUCCGAAGAGCAAGAGCAGCUCCGGGAAGCGACGACAGCUACUGCAACUACUGCUGGACGGCCGCUGAACCAGCGGCUACGGAUCACAAUGCCCGACGGCCCGCCCUUCUCGGGGUGGGUCCGCGGCCAAGCUGCUGACGUGCAGUGGGAGGCCCUGGAUCCAAGUGUUCAGUGCGUGCGCAUUGACGUGUGCAACGUGGCGUGGACGGUCCCCACGACGAUUGCGCACCGCGUGGGGAACGACGGCACGUUCCACUGGCGGCGCGUGUACUGGGGCAUGCCCAUUGCCGAGGGCUACUAUGUGAAUAUUUACGACGCGACGGAGCAAAAGGAUGCGAGCGACUCGCUGUUGCUGGCGCAGAGCGAGCGCUUUGCGGUCAUCAAGUGA